AAAUAUCUCAUCUCUGCAAAUGAAGCAUCCAUUCCAAAAUAUAGAAGCCACCAGCACCCAUUUGUUUGCGACUGUCAAGAACAGCCUCCAAGUGUUCUCUCUAAAUGAUGGAAUACUCGUGGGAGAAUGGCUCGAUACCGUCGACAGUCAACAAAACUUGGUCAAACAGCAUCAAGCCAAGUUUGAGCAGCUUCAGAAACAAGAAGACAUCAAACUGAGCUCAGAGGAGCCAGAAACUAAGAGAGCAGAGUCUAACCUGAAGACCAAGAUCCCUAAGUUCCCAACUCCAGGACCAGGUGCUCCUCCAAUAUAUAACUAUAUCAGAUGCUUGGAACUAACCAGUGAUGAGAAGUAUUUGAUUGGCACAACCGACAGUGACAAGUCCAUCAUCAUAUUCGAGUUGGACUUUAAUAGUGCCAACUGUUUGAAGUUGGUCAAGAGACAAGUGUUUCCUAAGAGGCCUUGCUCUAUCUCUGUGGCUGAUAACAACACCACAGCUGUUGUGGGAGAUAAGUUUGGUGAUGUUUACAAGAUCCCAAUAGACUGCGAACCACCUAUUGAUGAAAAAUUGUUAAAACCCAUCUUAGGACAUGUCUCCAUGUUGACCGAUGUGUUAGUAGGCGAGAAUGAAGGUCGCCAGUACAUUUUAACCAGCGACAGAGAUGAACAUAUAAAGGUUUCUCAUUACCCACAAACAUUUGUGGUAAAGCAUUGGCUUUUUGGUCACGAUGAGUUCAUAUCAUCUAUGAUAUUCCCUUCCUUUGAUAAAACAUUAUUGGUCACCGGAGGAGGCGAUGACUCCAUAUACUUGUGGGAUUGGAUCCAUAAUAAGGCCCUUGCAUCAUUCAAUCUCAGGAGCCUUGUGGAAGCGUAUUUGAACGAAUCUCACUAUCCUCCAGAACGGUUCAGAACAGAAACAUCUGUCAAAGAAAUUUGUGUUGUGAAAAUCGUCAGCUCUGGGAGAAAGAUCUUUGUAUUGUUGGAGAACGUCACCUGCGUGUUGUAUUUCACGAUAAAUGAAGAUUUGACGUUUUCUAUAGAUAAAGUGUUGGAUGUGCCUCAUCCUUUGGUAGAUUUGACCAUUUCGGAAAAUCAACUAAUUGGAGCUUCUGACUCCGAGAACAUCCUCACCUUCAUCAACAUCGACCCAUUCGAGGUUGUCCACAAUGAGAUUUCCUCCAAAAUAGCUGUAUUGAACCCAUGUGAUGUCAGCUCCAGAGACGACUUCUACCCUCUUUACGCCAUGAACAACUUGAGGAAAAGAAGUGAACACUAGACAUAACUUUGUUACUGUAUAAAUAAAUAUAAAAUUACAACU